AUGGAUCGUGGAACCGACCCAAGACGUUCGUCAGACUACAGAACCUACCGCUCAAAUUCGUAUACUUCGGAACGUGAUGGCAGCACAUAUUCUACGUCGUCUCACUAUUCCUCCUCCAACAGGAAUUACGUGAGUGGUAGUGGAGUUGGUGGCAGCAGCUCAACAAACAGCAGUAACGAUUACCAUUCGCGAGACCCUCCUUUACCACCGCCUCCUGUUUCUCGGUACGCCGAACGUGAAGAUCCACCCUAUACCGCAUUUCGAGGGCAAGUGCCCUCAUAUUUGAUGUCGUCGUCGUCAUCCUCGAGGGAUACAAGACCUCCUUUACCACCUAAUCCGCCACCCCCUCCAUAUGAUCGAAGAACUCCAUAUCCACCAUUAUAUACACAUGGUCGUAGUAACUCCUCCUCUAGCAUUGGUGGAAGUGGACAUCAUCAUCGUCCUCAUAAUAAUUAUUAUACGCCGGUACGACCGGUGCCGCUUCCACCAAUCGCGCCAGAACAAGAGGAGAAGCUCGCUCGAUAUCGUCAAGAGUCUGCGAGGCUGAAUGAAGCUGCUGAAAAACUCAAUGAAAGUGUCAAAAAAGCAAAAUGGGAGGUAACUAAAGCACAGUGGAUGGUCGACAAGGAGAUUCACAAGACUCAGACUACGAUUCAACAAAUUGAACGACUUGGCCCACUCGAAGUUCCUGAACAGCCGGUGAUCGACGGUCUUCCGUUGCUUCUGUAG